AUGUCAACAUUUCUGAAAACGGCAAUAAAUCCACCUUAUCAUGAACAAUUUUCUUAUUGUCUUUAUCAUGAUAAAAAAGGAAAAGAAACGGAAACUUUACAGCUUAUUGUUGGUAGAUCAACCGUUCAAAUUUGGCGUCAAAUAAAUGAUGAUAGUAAAAACAAAGAUGAACACCCUAACAAAGGGGAAGCAUUUCUUGAAUAUAUAUGGUCAAAUCAUAUUCCAGUAAAGCAAGAAGAAAAACAAACGAGAUUAAGAAUUGAAAAGUUUGUAUAUAGACCAAAUGAUGGAUCAAAUAGCAAAAUUAAAGAUUUUUAUUUAAAGGAAGAAAUAGAUGAAAUAGAAAGAAAGUUAAAAGAGAUCGAUAACAGCAAUAUAAGCGAAAUGGAGAAAGAGAAAAGAAAACAAAAUUUAAGUGAAAAGUUAAAAAGGCGGGAAAAAGUGAUUCAAGGAAAAGAUAUCGAAAAAUUUCAAACAGUAAGACACGCUUGCAAAGCAUUAGUACAUAUAAGAAAGCGCUAUAAAAGUAAAAGCGAUGCAGGUAAUUAUAAAACAUGUAUGAUACCAAGUAAUAAAUUAUGGCCAGGUAAAAUGUUUUUAAAAGAUGAUGACCUUGACUUUGACAAAAGAGAAGAUGAACUGCCAGAAAAUAAUAUGGAACUAGCCAUAUAUUACUGUAGAGGCCGUGAACUUAAAGAUACGAUUAUUGUUGCAUAUCUUUUGGAAUAUUAUUCUAGAAAUCCAACGAAUUGUGUGGGUUGGAUGUGUACUGUUUCUAAGGCAAUUCUUUUAUUAUUUAAAUAUAAUUAUGACGAUUUUGUCAGAAAGUUAUUAGAUCAGGGUCACCUCUUGGGUCAAAAUCCUGACGAAAAUAUUCUGAUAGAAAGUUACAAUAGUGACACCAAAUUUAGAGCUUUGACACCUAUAGUUAAAUUGAAGUCUGAUGAAUCUGUUAAACUUAAGUGGUACAAUGAUAAUUGGAUCUGGAACAAUUUUAAUGAUUUAAAAAAUAAAUUAAAAGAAUAUAGAAACUUUGAAAAAUCACCAUUAGCUUUACGAGUGGUUCCUUUUCCUGGCUUUACUAUAAACAGCAUUAAAAAGCAAAAAAAGAAGCAUACCUUUUCCGAGAUUUUAAAUCGUUUUUUUUCUAUACUUAUACCACAAUGGCGCCAAAUCAAACAAAAUGAAACGAAUAAGUUGAGUCCUUUUUCUAGGAUGGUACUAUAUGAGAAUAAUGAUGAUAUGACAAUCCAGCAAUUGAAGCAGUUAUCGACUUUCGUUGGCGGAAAACAAAAUUUUUCUUUGAAACAGUUUCGUUAUCAUGGGUUUAAAAAAUAUUUUGGUGAUAUACUUAACAUUUUUGAUAUAACUUCUAUUAUAUUUCCUGUAUCGAUAAUGACGAUAAUGCUUUAUGAUUUUCAUCUUUCUGAUGGCUUUGGACGUAUUAUUGAAGAAAAUGAUUCUAAAUUAGUUGAAGAGAUAUCAUUCUCAAUUUUCUUAAUUUGGAUUAAAUUUAUAAAUUUUAUUUCUCCGUUUAAAUUCAGGUUUAUUCUACUUAGAGAUCCUAAAAACACUGAAAAAAUGAAAAUCAGAGAAUCUACACAUAGUGGAGUUGCUAAAGAUCCAUCAACAAAUUGGACUUUAUAUUAUAUUAAUCUUAAACCUGAUUUUGAUCCUAAAUCUAGUGAUGAUAACCCAUUUUCAACUUAUUAUACAGCAAUAGAAGCCACAUAUUUUUGGAUGAGUGGUAAUUGGGUUCAAAAAGAUAAGUUUGAUAAUUGGGCUGUUGGUGCAUUUACCUUAAUUGCUAGUAUAUUCCUUGUAAUCAUUUUACAAAAUAUCUUGAUUGCUUUUAUGAAUGGUGUAUAUGUAACAGCAGGAACUAAGGAUUUUGAAGAAACAUCUAAUAUUAUGAUGAGUAAUAUUUUUAGAGAAAGGAAUUAUGACAACCAUUCACUUUUAACUUAUAAUAAUAAUAUUAAAAAAAUAAUAGAAAAUUAUAUUAAUUUAGGUAAUGAUAUAAAUCAUGAUCUUAAAGAUUUGAUUGAAAGGGUUAAAGAUAAAAAUUCAAUUGAAGAAAUUAUAAAAAUUGGAAAUACGAAAAAUGAUGUAAAGUUCAAUAUUGAAAAAUUACAUUAUAUGUUAGAGAAAUUGAAGUUGAAGAAACAAUUUUUGUAA